ACCCGACUGUUUACGACGCUUAUGGAGGGACAAUCAUGAUUCGUAGCAAAUCUCAACUGAAGACGUCUUUUUCAGCAUUACGCUAUGUCUGUCGUAGCAAAAACAGUAUGCAAAGCCUUUGAACGUAUAGCUCCACUUCGUCUUGCCGAGUCUUGGGAUAAUGUAGGAUUGAUACUAGGUGAUCACGUUUCGGUUGGUAUUUCCAAUGGAUACUGUUACUGAUAGUAAUACGCGAAGAAUCGCCGUUCAAACGACCCAAUGCCAACAGGAUCAUGUUAACGAUCGAUCUGACACCAGCUGUCCUUGCUGAAGCUUUAGCAACGCCAACCGCAUUUGUUAUAGCUUACCACCCGCCCAUUUUCAAGCCUAUAUCCUCGCUCACACUCUCUUCUCCCUUACAAACAUCCAUUCUCCUACUUGCCGCUCAAGGUAUAUCGGUAUUCACCCCUCAUACUGCCCUUGAUUCUGCAUGGGAGGGAAUAAAUGAUUGGUUGGCAAAGAUCGCAAUUGGUGUAACGGAAGGUCGAUCUCCGGGUGCAGGUGGAAGUGUGUCAAUUCUAGGGGAGAUGAAAGGUCCAGAUGAGGGUGGAUUGGGGAGACUAGUAUUACUUGACGAGCCCGUCGAGAUCGACGUUUUAAUUUCAAGAAUCAAACGGCAUCUUAACCUUCACCAAGUGGAAGUAGGAUUUCCUGCCACCGCCAAACCGAUACGCAGAGUAGCCAUCUGUGCUGGUGCUGGAGGCUCGGUUCUAGCCGGCGUGGAUGCCGACGUAUACUUCACAGGAGAGAUGGCUCAUCACGAGGUUUUAGCCGCUGUUGCUUCCGGGAGAUACGUCGUUCUUUGUGGACAUACUAAUACAGAGCGCGGAUAUCUCCCUGAACUCGCCCCCCGAUUAUCACGUACAAUUUCCGAGCUUAUCCAGAGCGGAUCCGACAUCGACACUGGUUUAUCAGAAGACGAAAAGGAUCAAAUCAGGAACAUGAAUUUGGAAGUCGUUGUCAGCAAGGCAGAUGAGCAUCCUCUGAAGUACAUGUAGGAAGCUGUACGUUCACGUUGGAGCAGGUUAUGUCCCCUAAAACGAGGCUUUCCUUUGUGGUCUGUUAAUCGUCUUUAGUGGCAUAGGCAAUUGAAUUGAAGGGAUGAAUUCUGCCUAGUUGAGUCAUGAUCGUAAGUCGAUCGCGAUCUAGUGGGU